CGGCAGGGGAGAUCCGGCGGCUCCGGGGUGUCUGGUCCACUACCCGUCCUUGGCGCCAUGGGUGUGAUAGGUAUACAGCUGGUUGUUACCAUGGUGAUGGCCAGUGUCAUGCAGAAGAUUAUACCUCACUAUUCUCUUGCUCGAUGGCUACUCUGUAAUGGCAGUUUAAGGUGGUAUCAGCAUCCUACAGAAGAAGAAUUAAGAAUUCUUGCAGGGAAGCAACAAAAAGGGAAAAGCAGAAAAGAAGCAUUGCAUUACUUUCCAGAAUACCAGUGGUUGGUGGAUUUCACAGUGGCUGCUACAGUUGUAUAUCUAGUAACUGAAGUCUACUACAGUUUUAUGAAGCCUACACAGGAAAUGAAUAUCAGCUUAGUAUGGUGCCUGCUGGUUUUAUCUUUUGCAAUCAAAGUUCUAUUUUCAUUAACUACACACUAUUUUAAAGUAGAAGAUGGUGGUGAAAGAUCAGUUUGUGUCACCUUUGGAUUUUUUUUCUUCGUCAAAGCAAUGGCAGUUUUGAUUGUAACAGAGAAUUAUCUGGAAUUUGGACUUGAAACAGGGUUUACAAAUUUUUCAGACAGUGCCAUGCAAUUUCUUGAAAAGCAAGGUUUAGAAUCUCAGGGUCCUGAUUCAAAACUUACUUUCAAAUUUUUCCUGGCUAUUUUCUGUUCACUCAUUGGGGAUUUUUUGACAUUUCCUGGAUUACGGCUGGCUCAAAUGCAUCUGGAUGCCCUGAAUUUGGCAACAGAAAAAAUUACACAAACAUUACUUCAUAUCAACUUCUUGGCGCCUUUAUUUAUGGUUCUGCUCUGGGUAAAACCAAUCACCAAAGACUACAUUAUGAACCCACCACUGGGUAAAGAAAGUGUCCCUUUAAUGACAGAAGCUACAUUUGAUACUCUACGACUCUGGUUAAUAAUCCUGCUGUGUGGUGUAACCCCACCCCCUACCUUAUUUGGCAAAGAUCAUUCCGUGGAAAACCUUUGA